AUGGAGUAUUGGCCGUUUGGCAAUACGAUGAGUCAUCAGCAGAAAAGCCGAGUGACGAGAAUGUCGAUUUCGAUACCUCGUCAAGUGAUGAGGAUGGUAGUAGUGAUGGACGUAGUAGCAGGAGAAGGCGACUUAGAAGCAGGCGACGAAGAAUUGCUGGUGGCCCAUCUGGUAGUGCUGCUUCUGGACGACAACAAGCAGUCCAACAAUAACCCUUUUUAA